AUGUUUCGACGGCUUGGUUCCUCCUCGCUGUGGAAGCCGAAAAAUCCACACUCGCUGGAAUAUUUAAAGUAUCUUCACAGCGUUUUGGUGAAGAACGAGCAGGUAACGGAAAAUAACCGGAAAUUGCUGGUGGAGUGCCUGAGGGCCAUUGCUGAAAUUCUGAUCUGGGGCGACCAGAAUGACAGCACUGUGUUCGAGUAA